AUGGAUGCAUCUGAGCAGGAGUUCAACAAGCAGACCCUUCGAGCUCAGGCAAAAGUGUCAAAGUGUGACCUUCUGGUCUACUCUGCAGGAAUGAAGCUCAUCACUGUUCUUGCCAUCUACAUCUCCUGCUUGAUGGGUCCCACCCAGAGCAGCUUCUGGCAGUUUCAAAGAAUGGUCAAACACAUCACAGGGCGAAGUGCCUUCUUCUCCUAUUAUGGAUACGGCUGCUACUGUGGCCUUGGAGGCAAAGGGAACCCUGUGGAUGAUACUGACAGAUGCUGCCUGACACAUGACUGCUGUUAUGAGAAGCUGAAACAGGUCGGCUGCCAGCCCGUGUUGAACAGCUACCAGUUCCACAUCACCAAUGGCACUGUGGUUUGUGAAUGUGCCCUGAGUCCUGGUGUUGGCUGCCUCUGUGGACUGAAGGCCUGCGAAUGUGACAAGCAAUCUGUGUACUGCUUCAAAGAGAGCCUGUCCACCUAUGAGAAAACCUUCAAGCAGUUCUUCUCCAGCCGGCCCCGAUGUGGCAGGCGCAAGCUCCAGUGCUAG